AUAACAUAUUUAUUUCAAAAUGGACAACAAAAAACCUGAAAAAUCUAGCAAGAAACGACCAGGACUGUCUUUUAAUACAGUUAGGAGAAAGACAACAGUUCCUAGUAGUUCACUGCUUGAAUCACUGUUCAAACCGGCAGUGAAGAAACCCUUGGGUCAAAGACCCACUUCCAUGAUGAAUGCCCGACACAAUUCCGAUACAGAUAUCGCAGACCCUGACGAUGAUUACUUGAAAAUGAUUGAAAUUAUGAGCGAAAAAGAGGUCAACGUCAGAAUAGAAGACCUCCUGAGCGACAUGAACCUGAAUGACGACAAGAAGAAACCUUUGAGAGAGAUGCCUUUGGACCAAAAACGAAACAUGCUCAUCAUGCAGAUCAAAAAGAAAGGCCAACACGACACCGGAAACCGAUUCAACGACCCGGAGGAUUACCACAAAUACCUGGAACAGCACUCCAACCCGGAGUAUAUUCAGCCCACUAAACUGUUGAAUUGCGUGGAGAGCUUGAGAGUUGCUUUGGCCAAUAAUCCACUCAGUUGGGUGGAGAAGUUUGGCUCUACAGGGUUGCAACUCCUUCUGAAUGUGUUGGAGAUCGGCUUGAAACAGAGAGAUGUUAAACUGCAGUCAGAAUGCCUGAGAUGUGUAGAAAAGUUCAUGAAUAACACCACAGGACUGAGGGCGUUUUUUCAACAUUCCAAAGGGCAUGUAAUAGUGUCCCGAUGUCUUGAUCAUGAGAAGCCUCAAGUCAUGAUACAAGGUUUGAAGAUUUUGGCCCCCUUGUGUUUUUUAGAGGAAGGGGCUGAUGAUGGAUGCAGAAAGGUGCUGAUGGCAAUCACUCAAGUUGGAGAAGAAAGGCAUAAAGAGCGAUUUUUGCCAGUUGUAAAUGGUAUCGCAAAAACUAACAAUGCAGAUUUACAGAGUAUGUGUUUUCAAUUCAUCAAUGCCUUGCUAUCAGAGACUCCCGAUUACGAAUUCCGGAUGCACUUGAGGAAUGAAAUCGUACGAAAUGGACUCUAUGAGAAACUACAGGAACUCAAGAACGAGACAAACCCGUUGAUCAAAAGGCACUUUGCGAUUUUCGAAAAUCGACGAGACGAUGACGCAGACGAACUACACGAACGUUUUGACCGGGUAAGACUCGACAUGGACGAUAUACAGGAUUGCUUCGAGGUCCUCAAAAAUAUCACCCUCGAUACGUCCUCGGAACCCUACUUUCUCAGCAUUUUACAGCACCUUCUAUUCAUUCGCGACGAAAUCAACGUGAGGCCGGCUUACUUCAAACUGAUAGAGGAAGUGGUUUCACAGAUAGUUCUUCACAAGGCUGGUUUGGACCCAGACUUCAAACAUAAUCAUCUUGACAUUGAUCUACAACAACUUAUAGAUGAACUUAAAGACAAACCGUCGAUGGUGGACAGUACCGAAGUGGACGGCCUCAGAAAACAACUAGAGGAGGCCUUAGCCGCCAAAACCGAAGCUGAAGCCAAACUGGAACUCCUCCAAGGUCAUAACGGCGGCCCACCAACGACCACCGGAAAACUGGACCCCUCCUUGCUGGGCAAAAUAAACGUACCGCCUCCUCCUCCACCCCCACCUGGAAUGGGCGGGCCUCCGCCACCGCCCAUGCCUGGAAUGGGCGGACCUCCCCCUCCCCCGAUGCCAGGAAUGGGCGGGCCUCCCCCUCCGCCGAUGCCAGGCAUGGGCGGGCCUCCCCCUCCGCCGAUGCCGGGCAUGGGCGGGCCUCCUCCGCCUCCGAUGCCGGGCAUGGGCGGGCCGCCGCCGCCCCCGAUGAUGGGCGGUAUGGGCCCGCCCCCGCCGCCCGGAAUGAUUCCGCUAAUCGGAAUGGCCAGGCCGGACCUGCUGCCUCCGGGAUUGAGGCCGAAGAAGAAGUGGGAGGUGUCUGGGCCGAUCAAGAGGAUCAAUUGGAAAAUGAUUGUUCCUCAAAAACUGUCAGAAAAGUCUUUCUGGAUGAAAGCAAAAGAGGAAGAAUUGGCGGAACCGGAUAUUCUGGACGGUUUGGCCAAAAAGUUUUCUACCAAACCGCCGAAAGCAAUGGAAGACGUGACGGAUAAGUCUAGCAAUAUCGGAACUCUGAAAAAGGUCAAAGAACUGAAUGUUCUUGACGGGAAAUCGGCCCAAAAUAUCAGUAUAUUACUGGGUGGUUCCUUGAAACACAUGGCAUACGAUGACAUAAAAAAAGCCCUGCUGAGAUGCGACGAAACUGUUUUAACUGAAAGCAUAACUGAACAACUGAUACAGUACUUGCCACCUGCUGACCAACUGACAAAGUUGCAAAGUUUCAAAGACAAGUACGAUGAUCUCACAGAGGCGGAACAAUUUUGCGUGAAAUUGUCAGAGGUGAAAAGGCUGCUGCCUAGGUUGAAAUCUCUCAGUUUCAAGCACCAUUACGUGGAAAUGGUACAGGAUACCAAACCGGAUAUUGUAGCUGCCACUGCCGCCUGUGAAGAGGUGAAAAAGAGCAAGAAAUUUUCCAAGAUCCUGGAACUCAUUUUGCUCAUGGGCAAUUAUAUGAAUUCUGGCACCAAAAAUGCCCAAGCAUUCGGAUUCGAGAUAUCCUUCCUCACCAAACUCAGCAGCACAAAGGACGUUUCCAAUAAACAAACCCUGCUCCACUAUAUCGCUCAAACGGUCGAGAACAAAUGGCCGGAACUGUUGAAUUUCUAUGACGAGAUGCCCCACAUAAACCAAGCGAGUCGCGUUUCUUUGGACGGGAUCCAAAAGACCCUCAAACAAAUGGACAACAGCAUCAGAAACCUCAAGACUGACUUGGAGAACAAUAGAGUGCCCCAAGGAGACGACGACAAAUUUUUGGCUGUCAUGGAGAAAUUCGCCGAGGACGCCCGAGAACAAUGCGAUGUGAUGCAGAAAAUGUUGAAAAAAGUGGAAACUUUGUACAGUGAUCUUUCUGAAUAUUACUCUUUUGACAAACUGAAAUACUCUCUUGAAGAAUUCUUCAUGGAUUUGAAAGUUUUCAAGGACAGCUUCAUUGAAGCCAAGACGGACAAUCAGAAGGAGAGAGAGUUGGAGGAGAAAAAGGAAAAAGCAAGAUUGGCGAAACUGCAACAAGAAAAAGAAAAAGAGGAGAGAAUCAAAACAAAACAAAGGUUGAUCGAUAUGAAUCCUACGGAAACGCAAGAAGGCGUUAUGGAUAGUUUGUUGGAAGCUUUAUCAACUGGGAGUGCUUUUGGGAGGGAGCAAAAGAAACGGAGGGGCCACAGGCCUGCAGGAGCUGAACGGAGAGCACAGUUGGUUAGAUCCAGGUCAAGAACUGGUUUGGUUGCAGAAAGGGAAUUAACUAGAGAGAUACUUGCGUGAUAUCCCUGACUAUGUCCCUGAUAAUAGUAGAAAUAAUACAACGAAAUUAAUUAUGCGCUCAAACUAUGUUAUAAAUAGGUUGUAUUUGAAUGGUAUUGUAAAUUGUUUACCAGUUAUUUUGUAAAUAGUAUCUCAUAUUUUUUGUACAUUUUGAAUUUGAAGAAUCUCAAUAUUUUUUUAUUAUAUUUACUUCAUGUAAGGUCCAAAAUGCAUAUAAUUUCAAUCUUUUGUUAAUUUCAGGGUGAGUAAUUAGAUUGUAUUGUUGCUUUUUUUAGAUUUUAAAUUGUUGGUUUUUGUUAUUGAUAUUGUCUUGAUACCCUUAAAAAUAGUGGGAUUCAAAUGAUUCCUUCAAGUGUCCCACUUUAGCCUCGAGUUUAUUUUAUACCAUUAACAUAAGAUUGAAUAUUCAAUAAGAAAGUGAUGUGUUCCAAAAUAUUCAAUAAUCAGGGUCCUUUUCGGACAAACUUGAUACUUUCACUUCAGGAAUAUGCUUACAUAAUAUUUAUAUACACGAUAUUUUUAUAAAAACUGUGAAUAGGAUUAUACAUAUAUAAUAUUUUAAUAAAUUAUUACUUGAUUGUU